CCCGGGUUCGCCAUUUUAUAACGAGCGUCCGGUAAGUUCAGUGACAAAUAGAAAUCCCCAGGAGCGUCUAACUAAAAUCGGCAACCAUUUGUAACCGUUUUCGACCUAGGUACUUUCGUUUUUUCGGUUGCUCGCGGUUGUUGGGCGCGUGAAAUGGAAAGCGAACCGGAGGACCAGGGCCAAGAUAUCGGAAAAACGGAAAUCAGCUUAGAGUAUCGCGAAUACGAUACGAAUUACGAUUCAAUCGAAGUCUCCUCAAUCCAACAAGUUUCAUCGCCCGGCGUCGCCAAAUCUAAAUAUUACAAACAAACUUAUCGAACUGCAUGGGAACAUAUGCCUGAUUUUAAAGGUUGGUUAACUGGUGUUCAAGGAGAACCUACACGAGCUUUUUGUCUUUACUGCCAAAAAACGUUGCACGCUCAUAGAUUAAGCCUUUUAAAGCAUACCUGUACUAUAAGACAUCAAAAAGCGGCUCAAUUACAUAAUACAAGGAAAGUUAAAGCGGCUUCUUCGCCCCAAAUGGAACAACAAGUUGCGUUUAUUGACGGAAAUGCAUCGACGAUUCAAGAAGAUUUAGAAGGUGUUGAAUAUACGACUGUUGAAGUUGAGGAACAAGAUAACGAUGGUGAUCAAGAUAACGAAGCUGAUCAAGAUAAUGAAGAAAUGGAUGAUGACGAAGAAAGUGGGGAAGCUGAAAAUUUACCAGUUCAUUUUCAAAAGCAAAUUCGAUCACAAUUAUUACCAAUGAACUCUACAAAACCUCCAAUUUCAACUCACGUUCUUGAUACUUCUAAAGGCCAAGCUGUUUCUGGGCUUCAAGUGAGCCUCUAUAAAUUAAUCGAUGGUAGAUGGACAUAUAUUAAUGAGGGAAUUACAAAUAUUGAUGGUCGUUUUGGGAAUUUUUUGGAUCGGGAUGAUUUCUCACCAGGAAGAUAUAAGUUACAUUACGAUGUUGAUCGAUAUUUUGAAGUUAAAAAACAAACGUCUUUAUAUCCAUUCAUAGAAAUUGUUUUUGAUUGCAUCAAUCAUACUGACCAUUAUCAUGUGCCUCUUUUAUUGAGUCCAUAUGGAUACACAACCUACAGAGGUACAUAAAAAGAUUCUUUUUUUAUCUAAUUUUUUUUUUUAAUCAUUGAAUUGUUUAUUAAGGAGUUGUUAAUUUUUUCUUAUUAGACUACGUAUUUUCUAAGGCGAAUAAUAAACUGUAAUUUUUCUUUCUGUAUGAAUAAAAGUACUGGAUAUAAUUCA